AUGAAAACGCACGACGCGCAUACGUACGCCGAGAAUUUCAAGAAGAAUGCGCAACCACCCUGGCUUCAUGGUCUGUGGCUACACUGGCGCAGGCUAUUCCAGCAACCUUAUCAAGGCAUCACUUCCGAUGGUGUCGUGAAGGACGGCCUCUUCGAACUUCAAGAUGAAGGCAUUCCAAUCCGUAUCAUCGUCGAAGCAGCAGCGAGUCUCUGUAAUAGUCUGACAGACGAUCAAAAGCAAAAGACGUUCUAUCACAUUGACAGUCCCGAAUGGCGUAGCUGGUCCAAUCCCGAAUUCCUCCUUAGCGACAAAGGCAUCCGUCUCGAUGAAAUCACGGCCGAUGUACGAAAUAAAGUUCUUAAAAUCCUGGAAGUCACUCUCUCACCAGAAGGAUACGAAAAAGCCCUCGGCGCAAUGCGCGUAAACCAUUUCCUGGGUGAAUUGGUCGAAACACCAUCCAUCAUGAAUGAAUAUUCCUACAACUUCGUUCUUUUCGGCGAACCAUCCACUGAUCGUCCUUGGGGCUUUUCCUUCUACGGCCAUCAUCUGUGUUUGAACAUUUUUCUUUAUAAAUCCCAGAUCGUCGUGUCUCCUUGGUUCACUGGCGCAGAGCCCAACCUCAUUGAUGAAGGUCCUUAUAAGGGCACUCGGAUUUUACAUCAGGAGGAAGAAAUGGGUUUACGAUUGAUGCAGAGUCUUCCAGACGAGAAGAAGAGAAUCGCACAGGUCUACAAACUCAUGAAAAAUCCAGCCAUGCCGCCCAAACGCUGGAACCACGAUGACCAACGCCAUUUAUGCGGCGCAUACCGCGACAACAGAAUCGUUCCCUACGAAGGAAUUCUCGUCUCCGAAAUGACACGCUCACAACAAGAAAACAUUCUCGAAAUCGCAAACGAGUUUCUGUUAUACCUUCCCGCCCAGGCACGCAUGAUGUAUCUUAAGAAAGUCGAGCAGUGGUUCCGCGAGACGUAUUUCUGCUGGAUUGGUGGGUUUGGGGAGCAUGACCCGUUUUAUUACAGGAUUCAGAGUCCGGUUGUUAUUUUUGAGUUUGAUCAUCACUCUGGUGUUUUUUUGAAUAAUGAGGAGCCGGCGAAAUUUCAUAUUCAUACUUUGAUGAGAAUGCCGAAUCGUGGGGAUUAUGGGGUUGCGCUGAAGGAGUUGAUACCGGGUGUUGAGCAGGAGUAUCUCUGGGAGGGAUAG